CGCACAGGCGGCUCGGCGGCUCGACGACCUUCACCGGGCCCUCUCGACUGCCCCUGAGAUACAGAUCGGCAGCCCUCGCUGCCAAUCCUCCUAUUAUGCAUGCUCGCCAGCACAGCCAUCCACGCCCUCCAGGGCCAUCACGGCCCUUUUGCAUCUGACAUCUCUCCUCGGCGGGGCUCCUCAAAAUUUGGAUCUCCUGGCCUGGUGGAUCGUGGAAUCCGCGAGCAUCGCUGCAGCUGCCCCCCCAGACCCGUCAUUUCUCCAUACGAGAGCUGCCAGACAGACAGCUCGCCGCCGACUUGAUUCAAAUACCUGCCGUGCAUCGCACGGAAAUGGCACCAUGUUUCCCUCCUUCUUCUCCAGGCUCUCACCUCCAAAGCCAGUCCCUCUUUUCGUGCUCUGAGUUGUUUUGUGUUGAAUCUUGUUUCGGGUGGUAUUCCUUCGUUCAGUAUUGCCCUAACUUCAUCCACUGCAUAUUUGCAGCAGUCGUUCCUUAAUCCCAUACAGCACAAAACAACAACAAAAAAAAAAAAAAAAAACCAUGCAGCUUGCUCAGUACGGGGCCCUCCUCGGGCUCCUGGGUUGUGCCGUUGCCAACCCGGUAAGGCCCGGCAGCGUCGUCGUUCGGUCGCCCGAGAACGAGGCCCGCGGUCUGCUCACCUCCCUACUCGGCGGCGAGUCCUCUUACGAGAGCACCUCGGAGACUUCCUACUCGGAGUCUCACCACUCGGAGUCCUCCUCCUCCUCCUCCUCUUCGUCUGAGGAGUCCUCGGGCGGCCUGCUGUCCUCUGUGACAUCUUCCUCGUCCGAGUCUCACUCGUCUUCCUCGAGCUCCUCUCACUCCUGUAGCUACGACAUUUCCAGGUCGUGGGAGAAUACCAUUCUCUACGCUGGUGUUGCUGCUCAGAAGACCGCCGAGACCGAUGCCAUCCAGCUUGGUCUCGCUUUGACCGAGGGAGCCUUCGCUGGGUCCAUCGACCUCGCUGUCGAGGCUGACUUCCUCCUCAACCCUAUCGUCAAGGUUGACCUCGGUGGCGUCCAGACCUACCUCAAGGUUGCCCUUGACGCCACCGCUGGUGUCUCCGAGUCCGUCGAGCUGAUGUCCGACCUCUCGCUUGAGCUUGCCGUCCCUGGCCUGGCUGAGAUCGGCAUCGACGCCGGCUUCGCCUUGGACCUGAUCUUCUCCGUCUCGGCUGCCAUCGACAUUGAGUCGACCUUCAACGUAUUCUUCCCCGAGGGCUCCUUCAUCGAGGUCAACAUCUUCAACAAGGAGAUCGUCAAGCAGGAGAUCACCGGACUCGUCGUCGAGUCCGUUCCCCUGAGCAUUGGCGCUGAGAUCGACCUCUCCGAGGACAUCCAGCUCGACCUGGUCCUCCGUCUGCGUACCGGCCUUGCCAUCUCCUCCGAGCUCGACAUCGUUGGUCUUGAACUUGGCGCGGGGGCUGAAGUUGCUAUCUGGCUCGACAUCUUCAAGUACACUACCACAUACCGUCAGGGCUCUUCCGGCAGCGAGUGCUCAGCUGCCGAGGUUUUUGCCCUGACCGCCGGUGUUGCUGUCGAGCUCGACGUUGAGGUUGGCGAGCUUGAGCUUGGCCUUGCCCCCUCGGUUAUUAUCACCCUUGCGUCUUCCACGGCCACAACCUCUACUGUCACUAUCGGUGAGGGUUCUCAGUCACAAUGGGGCUGGCGACAAUCAGCCAACAGUGGAAAUGGCAACGGGAUCCAGUCCGGCGCUGCUGGUAACGGCACGCAGAUCGGUGGCUCUGGUUCCGGCUCUUCAGGUUCCGGCUCGGGAUCGGGCUCCGACGCUUCUUCUCCCGAGGGUUCUUCGCCCAAGUCUGGCUCUGACAACAGCUCUCCUCAGGCCGGAAACAACGGACAGGGCGCCGGAAGCGGUUCUCCCACCACGACCGUCUCUCUCACCGGAUCAGGGGCUCAGGGCAUGACCACCAGCACUGUGACGUCGACCAACACCUACACAAUCACCUCGUGUGCUGCCUCGGUCACCAACUGCCCCAACUCUUACACCCAGCAGAUCGUCACCUCCGUGGUCGUCUCAUACACCACCGUCUGCCCUGUCACUGCUACCCAGACUGGCGGAAACAGUGUUACUGCCAUCACCGGCGGACCGUCGCCCUCGUCUCCUGCUGGCGAGAGCGCUGGCAGCGUCACAUCUGUUGUGGCUACGACCCCAGCCGGACCCGUCACUGUCCCCACCCCGCAGAGCCCCGUCAGCCUGACCCCUUACGCGACUCCUUCCACCUCCACGGAGACGAUCCCCGAGACCGUCCCCACCCCAGCGCCCACCGUCAUCGUGACGGAGGCUACCACUGUAUGUCCCGUGACUGCUACAGCUGGCGUCGGUGGCCACAAGCCCUCCGGAACUGGUGUGUUUGUCACAGCUACCGGCGUCAAGUCUACUGUUACUGCUCCCGUGUGGCCGUCCGGCGUUGCCCAGCCUUCCGGCGGCUGGAACCGCCCCUCCAACGGCACCAUCCCUCGUCCUUCCGGGCCCGCCGGCAAUAACCCAACCCCUGCGGUGACCGGUGGGAACGGCGCCACUCCUUCCGCCUCCGGGAGCCAGCCCUCUGUCACCGCUGUCCAGGCUUCUGGUGCAGGCAAGGUCUCCUUCGGUGUCCUGGCUGCCAUUGCGCCUCUGUUCUUUGCUCUUAUGUAAGGGCUUGAGUAGAGAGGUAGAAUCAAAGUGGAUACACCCCUUGGCAUUGAUGGAUGUGUGAGCAGUAUGAGGUUGUCAUGUUGGUGUGGAUACCACAUGAUGUGAUUUAGCGAGGCGCUGCUGGCCUUCCUUUGUAUAUAUACUUAAGUAUCUAUUAAUGUCUUUUGUCGACCU